AUGAAUAGCGUCAAAGCUGAAAAAAUUGAAGAGGAGGAAGUUCAAUUUUUGGAAGUUGAAGAUAAGAAAAUUAAAACCGAGAAAAUUGAAGAGGAGGAAGUUCAAUUUUUGAAAGUUGAAGAUAAACUUGAAGCUAGGAAAGCUUUAGCUGAGAAAAUUGAAGCUGAGAAAGCUUUAGUUAAGGAAAUUGAAGCAAGGAAAGCUUUAUCUAAGCAACUUAGAACUAUAAGACGUAGGCAAAAGAAAGCUAAAGCUGAGAAACUUAAACGAGAUUCAUCCUAUGAUUCACUACAUGUGAAACAUUCAACUAAGUUUGUCGGAGGAGGAACUGUGGAAUGUGCUACCGUAACAUGGAAAAUAGCCAAUUAUCGGCGCAGAGCACAGAAAGCAAAUGAUGAAAUAAAGAGUCGUGAGUUCUAUUUCUCAGAUUCUACUUGGCAGUUGCGUCUCCAUCCGAAUGGAUCAAGACUUCAUAAUAACGUCGGAUAUAUUGGAAUAUAUUUGGAAAAAACUAAUUCCACUGUGCAAAAUCACUUGGAUAGUAUGAAAUUCGGCGUGAGCAUUCGGCGUAAAGAAGGAAAGUUAAAGUGUUUCGCCAGAAGACGGAGAUUUAAAAUAGACAACGAUGACAAUCUAUGUUGGGGAUAUAGAAAUGUACUAAGCAGAGAUGAGGUGCUGCGAAGUACAAGCGAACCUCAGAAUAUAAACACUGAUUCAAAUGCUUUGUAUACAGUGGCCAGUGCACUUUUAUCGAAUGAUUUGUCACCCAUGAAAGAAAGCAUUUCCACAGCAUUAGCUAACGAUUUCGAGACUCUGUACAACCACCCGAACUUUGCCGACGUCACUCUGCAAGUAGGUGAUCACAAGUUCUUGGCCCACAAGCUGGUGUUGAGCAGUCGAUCGGAAGUGUUCGCAGCCAUGCUCCAACACGACAUGCAGGAGAAUCGACAGGACAUAGUUUACCUUGCCCCCAUGGAGGUCGACACUGCCAAGGACAUGCUCCGUUACAUUUACUGCGGCAAAGUGCGCUGGUUGGAUCCCAAAGAUGCUCUCAGCUUGUAUGUGGCAGCGCAUCGGUACAACUUACAAGAACUGGUGCUCCAUUGCCGCUCGAUCAUGCUGAACGGGUUAUCUAUCGACAACAUCUGCAUAUUAAGUUCCGUCGCUGACAUGUAUCAUGACCAGACACUCAUAGACGCCGUGAAAGUGUUUCUGUCGGAAAACACGAAGGAGGUUUUGAAGACGGACGAGUGGAAGCAAUUUGCAAGUGAGAAUCCAAGUUUAGUCCUGAAUUUGAUUCAAUCUGCAAUUUUAAACACUUGA